AUGAGUACCGGGACAGUUGCGGCGAAUGAAGCAUUGCAGGAGCCCUGCGUAAGCCCCCUCGCCGUUGUGGAAGGCCCGUACUCUGUCCACUUUUCUCUCGGUUGUGUCGUGCACCCGUGUGCGGUCAUCGUUGCCCAGCGUGGACCUAUAUACUUUGGCGCCUACUGCGUUGUGGAGGAGCAUGCCCGUAUCAUCAACAGUGCAUUGGAAGACGAGGAGGCCCUUCAAGUGAGGUCUGCUGCCCAACCCAUGACCAUCGGCGCAUACAACCACUUUAAGGCCUUCUCUCACGUGGUGAAUGUUCAGCGCAUUGGCCACGGUAACCAGUUUGAGCCCCAUUGCCGUGUUGAAGGUGCGAACGAGGAAGCCGAUGGCUCCACUGCGUUAUGCUUUGUGGGGGAUUAUUGCGUUGUUGGGGCGUUUGUUCGCCUCGGAAGGCGACAACGUGGUGUAGACACAGUUCCCGAUCUGGAGCCACAAACGAACUUGACAAUGGCAAUCCCGUCACGCAGUGUGUUGCUUUACCGUGCCGCGGCGAAUGGGGUGUGCAACUGUUCUCCUUCGUUGUGUUGUUCUUGCUGUUGUUUCUGGGUGCUCCCGCGGGGAAUCUCGCUCGAUGAGGAGGCGGCGGAUGCUGCGAUGCGGAAGAAGUGCUGCUGCCUCCGCGAGGUGCAGUUGCGCGGUGCGGCGGUGUGCCACUGA